AGGCCUUUUGGUGGUGUCACACAUCUAAAUGAUCAUAGUUAGAAUAUAUUUUCUCCAUAGGAGAACAAAGAAUGGUUUAGUUUUGAAUAGUUCCCCAUUACAUUCCACACAAAACAAAGAAAAGCCAUUCAACUUCAGCAAAUUGGUUUAUAGGGCAUAUACUCUAAGGUUUGGCCUUUUCAGGGCAAGGGCAGGGUACAAUCAAUACUUAUUUACGGAGACUCCCAAUCAGACUGAGGUUAAAACAUGAACUUUAUUUUCCUCUGGCUUUUGAGCUGUAAGGCAGUAGGUGAAUGGUUUGACUUCCUACAUCCAUACAGUGCAGUUUCCUUGCCUAGCCACAAGGGGGGUAUGUCAGACAGUUAAUGAAAACUUAAAAUAAAAAAAGUGGCCUCAGCCAAACCCCAGUGGGUGAGUCUUGGUUCUCAGAUUUAUCCAAAGAGUCACAUAUUUGGUUAUAAAGAACUGUACCUACCUAAUCUACAUCGUGAAUGUUCUUAAUUUCGUUAAAUGUAAAUUGAACGCCAGUUUCAACAAUAUUUGUAUCAAUUGAGAAUGUAUCGGAUAAGUGUGCUUUCAUUUCAGUCAGGGUGCUAAAUAUUUUGAAGGCAUUUGUAAUAAAGUAUUUUUGCAUGACCAAUAAAGAGGUGCCAUAAAAUUCGUGUCAGGACUUCGAGGGGAAUGAGACAGGAUGUUCAGACGUGGUUACUUGUGUCUGUUGUAAUUCAUCAUUGCCAUAGGAAACACAUAUUUUUCACAGUAGCUUGUUACAACCGUAUACAGCCAAAAAGGGCACCGCUGUUAGGACCCUUAUUAAUGUAUUAAUGGCUGCGUUUAUCGUGACCAAGUAUUUAUCAACUAGCUAAGAUUAGUCAGGUUAAAAAAGCUUCUUUAAUGUUCUUGUCAUACAGGCUUAGAAUUUUCAAGGGACCCAUGUCAAACCGCCCACAGAUGACCACUGGAGAUUGUCUACUAGUUUCCAACAACAGAUAGACCUGUGGCUACAACGUUGUGAGGAACAUCACCCAAAAGGAAUGCUGAAAAUGCGCAGUUUCCAAAAGUGCAUUCCCACACACCAGAAAGUUUCAUAUUAUUUCGUGGCAAAGCUCCAAAAUUGCGUUGUGUCGUAAGAGCUUACGAUAGUAAAACGAGAAUCGGGGACAGCCCCCUAUUAAGUAGCAGAUUGUGAAGAAAUUCUUCCCAUUUGGAAAGAGGCUUCCUUUCUGGGACGUCCGAAUCGGGAGCUCUGAGUGAUCCGUCAGAUCGAAAGUCUCCUCCACUCAAGCGGAGCCUCCCAUCACGGUCUGGUCAUCUUCGAAGAGCUGUGGCAUCUUGACAAAACAACAAAUACCGAGAAAGAACACAAUUUUCUCUUUGAAGAUUAAUUCAUGUGCUUCUGAGGCAGGGAAGUAGUGAGAGGGUGAAAAAAUGAAGACCAGGCUGUGUCUGGUAGCAGCUGCUGUCCUUGCAGUAGUAGUACUAUUCGCUGUUGACGCACAAGUUGUACCGCCCUCAGAAUUGAGGUUUAAAAUUCUAAAUGAAAACACAGUAGAAAUGUCAUGGAGGCCGUCACUAACACGCAUACAAGGCUACAGGCUACAAAUAGUAGCAGAGUCAGAUGAACCAGACAGAGAAUUGAGCCUCUCAUCAUCUUCCAGAAAAACAUCUAUCACAGACUUGACCCCAGAUAUGAAUUAUAUGAUAACCAUCAUUGCAUACUCUGGGUCUGAAGAGAGUUUACCCAUCUCUGGCCAGAUAACAAUCCAGUCAAGUGGCACAGGUGGGGGCACCAGGAAACCCCAGGUCACAGAUGCAAUCAAAUGCACCGUUGGCGCCAUUGCUGACUUGGUCUUCCUGGUGGAUGGCUCUUGGAGUGUUGGACGUGAGAACUUCAAGUAUAUACGUAACUUCAUUUCCGCCAUGGCUGGUGCCUUUGACAUCGGGGAGGAGAAGACAAGGGUUGCUGUGGUUCAGUACAGCACAGACACCAGGGCUGAGUUCAACCUGAACCAGUACUCCAAAAAGGGCGAACUUCUGCGGGCUAUCAACAACUUGCCUUACAAGGGUGGCAACACCAUGACAGGUGACGCCAUGGACUUUCUGCUGAAAAACACUUUCACGGAGGCGGCUGGAUCCAGGAAAGGGUUCCCCAAAGUGGCCAUGAUUAUUACGGAUGGGAAGUCACAAGACUCAGUGGAGGGCUACGCCAAAAAACUCAGGAACAGUGGAGUUGAGAUUUUUGUCCUGGGUAUCAAAGAGGCAGAUGAGGCUGAGAUGAGACAAAUGGCUUCCACCCCUCACAACAAACACGUCUAUAACGUCCCCGACUUUAAUGUGAUCAAGAGCGUGCAGAGGGGGCUCAUCACUGAAGUGUGUGCUGCUGUGGACGACCUGCUCAACUCACUCGCCAGUGGAGAGGAAGUUGUGGAACCUGCCUCAGGAUUGCACGUCACUGAGGUCACCUCCAAGUCCAUGAGACUCCAGUGGGACGCGUCCCCCGGUGAGGUGACAGGCUACAAGCUGCAGCUGGUCCCCAUGAUGGCAGGGGCCAAGAGACAGGAGCUGUAUGUGGGCCCCACACAGACAUCGGUCAAUGUGCGCGACCUCUCCCCAGAAACACAAUAUGAGAUCAGCCUGUUUGCCCUCCAAGGCCUGAUCCCCAGCGAAGCAGUCAUGGCCAUGGAGAAGACGGAACCUCUUAAAGUGUCCAUGGAGUGCUCCCUUGGAGUGGAUGUACAAGCAGAUGUUGUCCUCUUAGUCGAUGGUUCAUACAGUAUUGGUCUGGCCAACUUUGCCAAAGUGAGAUCCUUCCUGGAAAUUCUGGUCAACACCUUUGAUAUUGGACCGAACAAGGUUCAGAUGAGCUUGAUCCAAUACAGCCGAGACCCAUACACUGAGUUUUACCUCAAUACUCACAACGACCUACCUGCGGUCCUCAAGGCAGUACAGACCUUUCCAUACCGCGGUGGCUCAACGAACACAGGUCGCGCCAUGACCUAUGUUAGGGAGAAGAUCUUCAUUCAGAAUCGUGGUGCAAGGGCCGAUGUUCCUCGCGUCAUGAUCCUUAUCACAGAUGGAAAAUCAUCGGACGCUUUCAAAGAUCCAGCUGGUAAGCUGAGACACGCUGAUGUGGAGGUCUUUGCUGUCGGUGUGAAGGACGCCGUCCGCACAGAAUUGGAAGCUAUCGCCAGUCCUCCCACCGAAUCGCAUGUUUACACUGUGGAUGACUUUGAUGCUUUCCAGAGGAUUUCCAAUGAGCUAACCCAAUCCAUUUGUCUGCGAAUUGAGCAAGAGCUUCUUAACAUCAAGAAGAGAAGCUUGAUCGCGCCCAGAUCGUUGUCCUUCUCUGAGGUGACCUCCAGAAGCUUCAGAACUAGCUGGGAGAUUGAUGCCAACGACGUCCAGUCCUACCUGCUGCAGUACAGGCCUGAGGCUGACACCAAUGGGGACUAUGUCUCCGUCUCCGUGCCUGGGGAGAGCCUCAGUACUCCCUUGCUCCACCUGACACCCCUCACAAAGUAUGAGGUCAACGUCUACGCGCAGUACGAAAAGGGAGAUAGCUUUCCAAUGACCGGAUUUGAGACCACACUAGAGGAACAAGGAAAAGUACGCAAUCUGCGGGUGUCCGAGGAGACCACAGACAGUUUCAGAGUGACCUGGUUGGCUGCGCCAGGGGCUGUGGUGAGGUACCGGCUCACGUAUGUUCCGGUCAGAGGAGACCACCCAACACAGGAGACGGCCACCCCGGGCCCCGAGACCACCAUCGUCCUUCGGCAGCUCUUGCCCACCACCACGUAUCGUGUCAGCGUGUCUGCGGAGUAUGGAAGCGGCCCUGGACCAGCCAUGCAGAUCGAUGGCACCACCAAAGAGGAGAUGGGUUCCCCUAGGGGCCUGGUCACGAGUGACGUCACCGAAUCUAGCUUUGUAGCGUCGUGGACGGCGGCCCCCGGGAACGUGAGGUCCUACCGCAUCCGCUGGAAGUCCUUGUACACCCAGGAGUCAGGGGAGAAGACGGUACGCGGCGACGAAACUUCAACCAUCUUAGACGGCCUGACCCCAGAGACGCUCUAUCAGGUGUCCGUGUUCGCUGCCUACAGCCGGAAGGAGUCCCAGCCACUGACUGGAGAAGAGACUACUGAUGCCUCCGCUGCGGCCAAGAAGCUGACGGUGUCGGACGAGACGGAGCGCACCAUGAGGGUGACGUGGCUGCCGGCGCCCGGCAAAGUGCUCCACUACCGGCUGUCGUACUCGCCUCAGGCCGGCGGCCGAGACGUGGUGCUCAAAGUGCCCAGCAACACCACCACCACCAUCAUGAGGAGGCUCCUGCCCAUGACCACCUACGACAUCACCGUGCACCCCAUGUACAAGCGCGGAGAAGGCAAAGCAAGGCAAGGAGUAGGAACGACACUUUCACCCUAUAAACCCCCCAGAAACCUUCAGACCUCCGAGCCCUCUAAGACCAGUUUCCGUGUGACCUGGGACCCAGCUCCAGGGCACGUGAAGGGCUACAAGGUCACUUUCCACCCCAGCGACAAUGAUGUGGCCUUCGGGGAGCUGCUUGUUGGUCCCUAUGACAACACGGUCGUUUUAGAGGAACUCAGAGCUGGAACCAAAUACUCAGUAGCAGUUUUUGGAAUGUUUGACGGAGGGCAGAGCAUGCCUCUCGCUGGGGAGGAGAAGACUACCCUCUCCGAUGCACCCGACCCCCCUUCCUUUGGACCCUCUGGGGCUGAGUGUAAGACUUCGGCUAAGGCAGACAUGGUGCUGCUGGUGGAUGGCUCAUGGAGUAUCGGUCGCCUGAACUUCAAAACCAUCCGAGCUUUCAUUGCUCGCAUGGUUGGUGUCUUUGACAUUAGCCCAGAAAGGGUCCAGAUUGGUCUGGCUCAGUACAGUGGAGACCCCAAGACUGAGUGGCACUUGAACGCCCACCCGACCCGCGCCAGCCUGCUGGACGCUGUGGCCAACCUGCCUUACAAAGGAGGCAACACCAUGACAGGUCUUGCUCUUAACUACAUCCUACAGAACAACUUCCGACCCAACGUGGGUCUGCGCCCUGACUCGCGCAAAAUUGGUGUGCUCAUCACUGAUGGCAAAUCACAGGAUGACAUUAUCGGCAAUUCACAGAGCCUCAAGGAUACGGGCAUUGAGCUCUACGCCAUUGGUGUGAAGAAUGCAGAUGAGGGUGAGCUGAGGACCAUCGCCUCUGACCCUGAAGAUAUCCACAUGUAUAAUGUGAACGACUUCAGCUUCUUAUUGGACAUUGUGGAUGAGCUCACUGACAACCUCUGCAACAGUGUCAAGGGCCCAGGCGGAGGCCCAGGGACGCCCACCGACCUCGAAACCUCAGAGGUCACUCACUAUUCUUUCCGUGCCACGUGGAUGCCUCCUGAUGAGCCGGUGGAGAGGUUCCGCAUCGAGUACGUGCCCGUAGCUGGAGGAGAGACCAAAGUGGUGUUUGAGGAUGGAGAGGUGAACACCAUCGUGCUGCAGAACCUUACCCCUAUGACCGAGUACAUUGUGAACGUGUACAGUGUGAUUGGAGAGGACAGCAGUGAUCCCCUGAAAGGAACUGAAACCACCCUUCCCCUGCCAGCAGUGAAGACCAUGACUGUGUAUGACGAGACCCUGACCACCAUGAGGGUGCGCUGGGAGGUGGUGUCUGGCGCCUCGGGCUACAUGCUUCUGUACAGCGCCCUGAACGCCACUCAACCCACCACUGAGAAAGAGGUGCGAGUCGGUGCUGAAGUGAGUGAUGUCCAGCUGGUGCAGUUGUCCCCCAACACGGGCUACACUGUGUCCAUCUUUGCGCUCCACGGAGAGGCGGCCAGCAACCCGCUCACAGACACGGGAGUCACCUUGCCCCUGCCCCCGGCAGGCAAGCUGACCAUCUCCGAUGUGACCCACAGCGCCUUCAAGCUCACCUGGGAUGCCUCCCCAGGCAAAGUCAGGAAGUACAUCAUCACCUACAAGCCAGAUGAAGGAGAACUCAAAGAGGUGGAAGUGGACGGCGAUGUCACCACGCUGCCUCUCACCAGCCUCCUCUCCCAGACUGAGUACGACGUUGCGGUCACUCCCGUGUACGACGAGGGUCCUGGAAACCCUAUGCUUGGAAGCGCUAUCACAGAUGUGGUGCCCGCACCCAAGGGCCUCAAGUUUUCGGACGUGACCCAGACCUCCUUCAGAACCACGUGGGAGCACGGGGCCCCAGAUGUUUUGCUCUACCGGGUCAGCUGGACCAAGAAGGGUGAACAGAACUUUGAAAAUGCCAUCCUAAACAGUGAUGAGACCUCUCUGGUCCUGGAGAACCUGGAUCCAGACACUCCCUAUGAUGUGACCGUCACCGCUAUCUACCCCGACGAGUCCGAGAGCGAGGACCUCAUGGGCAGCCAGCGCACAAAGCCAAAGAGAAUUGCCCCUGAUCCCAUCGGACCUCCGGCCAAUCUGCGGGUCUUCAACGCCACCACCACCACUCUGACUCUGAGGUGGGACCACGCCCCCGGCCCGGUCCAGAACUACAAGAUCACUUACCAGCCAGCCACAGGAGGGAAGGAGGGCUCUACGCAGGUCGGAGGAAAGAAGAACCAGGUCGUGCUCCAGAAGCUCACUCCUAACACCCCCUACAACAUCACCGUGGCUGCCGUUUAUCGCAGUGGGGAGAGCAGGGACCUCUCUGGCCAAGGAACAACAAGACCCUUGGGUGGCGUGCGGAACCUGCAGGUGAUCAACCCCACCAUGACCACCCUCAACGUGCGCUGGGAGCCGGCCGAGGGCAAAGUGCGCGAGUACAAGGUGGUCUACGCACCAGCCGCAGGCGGGGCAGAGAGCAUGGUAGGCAUGGAGCAAGUAGCAGCCACCGCCACCAGCACAGUCCUGAGGGGCCUUCAGCCAGACACCCUGUACACCGUUACCCUGGUCCCUGUGUAUGUUGAAGGGGACGGCAAGCGCAUGUCUGAAAACGGGAAAACAAGGCCCCUGGGUGGCGUGAAGAACCUGCAAGUGACUGACCCCACCAUGACAUCACUGAACGUGAAGUGGGAUCCAGCUGAUGGAGCCGUACGCCAGUACAAGAUCUUCUUCGUCCCUACUGCUGGGGGAACAGAGGACUCGGAGCAGGUCCCAGCUGCCCAGACAGCUAUUGUCCUGAGGAACCUUCAGCCGAACACCCUGUACACCGUGUCAGUGUUACCAGUCUUCCCUGCCACAGAGGGAAGGCGCCAGUCUGAGAAUGGAAAGACAUUGCCCUUGGGCGGAGUGAAAAACCUGCGGGUCAUCGAUCCAACCUUCACCACCCUCAACGCAGUAUGGGAGGCAGCCGACGGGAACGUCCAAGGCUACAAAGUUCUCUACGCUCCCAUUGCCGGAGGACCUCAGAUAGUGGAACAAGUAUCUGAGAGCACCACCACCCUGCUGCUGAAGAACCUGGAUCCAAACACAGAGUACACAGUCACUGUGUUGCCAGUGUACGCAGAAGGCGAUGGUCCCGAACUCGGUGAAAAUGGAAAGACAAAGCCUUUGGGGGCAGUCAAAAAUCUGCAGGUGAUAGAUCCAACCAUCACCACCCUGAACGUGCGCUGGGAGCCGGCCGAAGGCAACGUGCGCGAGUACAAGGUGGUCUAUGUGCCUGCCGGCGGCGGACAGGAGCUCACGGAGCAGGUUUCUGGAGGUUUGACCUACACAGUCUUGAAGAACCUCGUGGCUGACACGCUCUACACGGUCACAGUCACCCCGGUCUACCCUGAGAUGGAAGGCCUCCCACAGUCUGAGAGUGAAAAGACCAAGCCACUGGGUGGGGUGAGAAACCUGAAGGUGGUGGACCCCACCAUCAGCACUCUGACCGCUCGCUGGGAGCCUGCCGAGGGGGACGUGCGCCAGUACAAGGUCUUCUAUGUCCCUGUUCCAGGAGCCGAUGAGAAGAUGGAUCAAGUCUCAGGUGGCACAACCAGCAUUGUCUUGCGAGGCCUUGAGGCCUUCACCGUCUACAAGGUGUCCGUGGUUCCAGUUUAUGACGUGGUGGAGGGCAUACUGCAGUCUGAAAAUGGAAAGACAAAGCCCCUUGGCGGAGUGAAGAACCUGAAGGUGACUGAUCCCACUGUGAACUCCCUGAGGGUGAGAUGGGACGCAGCUGACGGUGAUGUGCGUCAAUACAACGUCCUCUAUGUCCCUGUUGCUGGAGGAACCGAGAGCGUGGCUCAGGUAUCGGGAGUGUCCACUAAUACAGUGCUGAGGAACCUGCAGCCAGACGUCGAAUACAAGGUCACUGUGGUGCCUGUCUACGCAGAUAUGGAGGGAAAACGCCAGUCAGAAAAUGGAAAGACAAAGCCUUUGGGCGGGGUGAAGAACCUGCAGGUCACGGACCCCACCACCAGCUCCUUGAAGGUGCGCUGGGAGCCGGCCGAGGGCAACGUGAGGCAGUACAGACUCUUCUACGUCCCCGCAUCUGGUGGAGCCGAGGACAUGGAACAAGUGUCUGGAGGCACAACCAAUACCAUCCUGAGGAAUCUUCUGUCUGACACAGUCUACACAGUUACUGUGGCUCCUGUCUAUCCUGAGGGCGAAGGCCUUCGCAUGUCUGAAACUGGAAAGACAUUGCCACGCACCGCUCCCAGGAACCUGAAGGUCUAUAACCCCACCCCGAACAGCCUAAACGUGCGAUGGGAGCCCGCUUCAGGGCAGGUGCAGCAGUACCGCGUUGUCUACCAGCCUGUCGAUGGAUCCCGGCCAUCUGAGUUUGCCCUGGUCCCCGGAAGCACCCACAAUGCCUUCUUGGGUGACCUCAUUCCUGACACCUCGUACUCCGUGACAGUUGUGCCUAUUUAUGCUGAUGGAGAUGGACCGUCUGCCCAGGAUAAUGGCAAAACAUUGCCUCGUGCUGGGCCCAGGAACCUGCGUGUGUUUGAGGCGACCACCAGCACUCUGAGCAUCGGCUGGGAUCACGCUGAGGGACCGGUCCAGCAGUAUAAGAUCUCCUAUGCACCUCUCACAGGAGACCCCAUUACUGAGUUUACUGUUGUCCCCGGAAACAGAAACAAUGCCAUCCUGCAAAACCUUCUCCCUGACACCCCCUACAACAUCACUGUGGAGGCCGUUUACGCAGAUGGAGCUGGCGGUUCUCUUGUUGGAAAUGGACGCACAGUUGGUCUCCUGGAGCCUCGCAACCUCCGUGUUUCGGAUGAGUGGUAUACCCGAUUCCGUGUGGCAUGGGACCCUGUGGCUGCACCCGUGCUGGGGUACAAGCUAGUCUACCAGCCAACCGAAAAGGAUGAUUCACUGGAGGUGUUUGUUGGUGAUGUCACUUCAUAUACCCUACGCAACCUGCUCCCUGGCACUACCUAUGAUGUCAAAGUCUAUGCUCAGUAUGAUGCUGGCACGAGCGGCGCCCUCAUUGGACAAGGAACCACAUUGUAUUUGAAUGUCACCAAUCUCGAGACCUACAACGUUGGUUAUGACAAAUUCUGCGUCAAAUGGACACCACACCGAGCUGCCACUUCCUACAGGAUAAAGUUGAACCCUCUUGACCCCGCAGCCAAGGGCCAGCAGGAAAUUACCAUCACUGCAGCUCAGAGUCAGUACUGCUUCGAAGGCCUUUCUCCAGAGUCCCUGUACAGCGCUACUGUGUUCGUCCAAACCCCCAACCUGGAGGGCCCUGGAGUCAGUGUGAAGGAGCGCACAUUGGUCAAACCAACACCUGUCCCAACAUUGCCACCUACCCCUCCCCCUCCUCCCACUAUUCCACCUGGCUGGGCAGUUUGCAAAGGUGCCAAAGCUGACGUGGUCUUCGUCAUUGAUGGCUCAUGGAGUAUCGGAGAGGAGAGCUUUCUCAAGAUGGUGAAGUUUAUCUUUAGCAUGAUUGGAGCUUUUGAUGUCAUCGGUCCAUCAGGAAUGCAGGUGUCAGUUGUGCAGUACAGUGAUGAUGCCCAGAUAGAGUUCAGGCUAAACUCUUACAGCAACAAGGGUUCUGCUUUGGCUGCACUGGGGCUCAUUAAAUACAAGGGAGGAAACACUAAAACAGGAGUUGCUCUGAAACAUGUGCAUGACAAAGUCUUCGCUUCGGACAGUGGAAUGAGAAGAAAUGUUCCUAAAGUGGUAGUAGCCGUCACAGAUGGGCGCUCUCAGGAUGAAGUAACUAAGUCUGCGGCCAAACUGCAGCAUGCUGGGUACAGUGUGUUUGUUAUCGGGGUGGCAGACGUGGACUUUGUGGAACUUCAGAAUAUUGCUAGCAAGCCAAGUGAAAGGCAUGUCUUCGUUGUGGAUGACUUUGAUGCUUUUGCAACAAUCCAGGACAAUCUUGUGACCUUCAUCUGUGAAACAGCCACAUCCUCCUGUCCUUUGAUCUACCUGAAUGGCUUCACAUCACCAGGCUUCAGAAUGCUUGAGGCGUUUAACCUAACUGAUAAGAUGUAUGGUUCCGUCAAUGGCGUCUCCAUGGAGCCAGGCUCCUUCAACAGUCACACCGCCUACAGACUCCACAAGAAUGCUUACCUGAGUCAGCCAUCUUCAGACAUCCAUCCUGAUGGCCUUCCAGUAGGGUACACAAUCAUCCUCAUGUUCCGACUCCUACCGGACUCCCCUAAAGAGGCUUUCGAUAUCUGGCAAGUGUCGGACAAGAACGACAAGCCUGAAACUGGAGUCACAAUUGAUCCUUCCAGCCAAACAAUAUCGUUUUAUAACAAGGAUACCCGUGGGGACAUCCAAAGAGCCACAUUUGAUAAUGAUCAAGUGAAGAGAAUGUUCCAUGGAAGCUUCCAUAAGCUUCACAUUCUGGUCUCCUCCAAGAGUGUCAAGUUAAACGUCGACUGCCAGGAGGUGGCUGAGAAAGAGAUUAAGGAAGCUGGAAACACAUCUGCAGAUGGCUAUCAAGUGCUUGGCAAAAUGUCCAAGUCCAUUGGCCAGAAAGGAGAAUCAGCAACCUUCCAGCUCCAGAUGUUUGACAUUAUCUGCAGCCUCGGUUGGACAAGCAGAGACAGAUGUUGUGACCUUCCAUCCAUGCGAGAUGAGGCCAAGUGCCCAGCUCUCCCCAACGCCUGCACUUGCACCACUGAGAGCACAGGACUUCAGGGAACUCAAGGGCCUGUGGGUGCCCCAGGAAGCAAAGGUCCAAGGGGAGAGAGAGGAGAGAAUGGCCCUGCGGGUCCAAUGGGUCCACCUGGAGAAAUGGGAGCGACUGGGCCCAUGGGUCUUCCAGGCCCUCAAGGACCUAGUGGAAUGUCGAUUCCUGGCGAAGCUGGCCGGCCUGGACCAAAAGGAGAUUCUGGUGACUCUGGACUACCUGGGCAUAAAGGCCCACCUGGGUCUGCUGGUGGGAUCGGGCCUAUUGGACCGGCUGGGCCAAGAGGACCCUUAGGGAAGGAAGGAUCAGCCGGACCAAGAGGUCCCCCAGGACCAAUGGGACCUCCUGGACCUCCUGGAGUUAACGGCCCCUCGGGACAAUCUGGAAAGCCUGGUGACAGUGGCACUCCUGGAGCCACAGGGGUGAAGGGAGACAAGGGCGACAGAGGGGAUAUUGCCUCCCAAAGCAUGAUGAGAUCCAUUGCCAGACAAGUCUGUGAAAGUCUAGUGAACAGUCAGAUGAGUCGCGUCAGUGAUCUCAUAAACCACAUCCCCAGCAAUCAACGUAGCAACAGUCCUGGACCAUCAGGUCCGCCUGGAGCUCCUGGAUCUCAAGGCCCUCGUGGAGAGCCCGGAAGAAUAGGCAGAAACGGCUUCCCCGGAAAUCCUGGAUCACCUGGAAAUCAGGGAGAGAGAGGACUAGCUGGUGAGAAGGGAGACAGAGGCAGCCCUGGAAUUGGACAGAGAGGACAAAGGGGACAACCUGGACCUCCUGGACCACCAGGUGAGUCCAGAACCGGACCUCCCGGACCUUCAGGCUCUUCCGGGACUCGUGGAACCCCUGGCCGCAAUGGCAACUCCGGGGUGAGAGGCCCACCUGGCCCCUCUGGCUACUGCGACUCCUCUCAGUGUGUGGGCAUUCCGUACAACGGGCAGGGAUAUCGAGGAUCACAAUAAUAAGCCUUUAAAAUCACCUGUGCUGCUUUCACUUUGAAAUCCUGAGAGACACCUGUUUCUAACCAACGAACUGAUUCAAGAACAUUGAACCCACUAAAAACACAAAAAAGAACAAAAAAAAAACAGCAGAGCAUAACAAGUGGACUGGUACUAACAACAAUUCACAACUACUAGAAACAGACAAGCAACGGUGAUGGCAACAACGUAGUAGCCCGUUUGCAUCUUGAAGCCAAUCGGCGAACAGACAAACCACUUCUGCCGGGUGAAGGAGCAUGACCACAAAGCAAAACAACAAACAUUUUUUACUAACAUGGUGGCCAAGACGAGAAACAUUUUUUUAACCUGUUAACUGCGAGGUGGUACCUGUAAAUAAACUAAUUGUGCCUUGUAAAUGAAUCACAUUCACAUAACACCUGUAGUAAGCUUGUGCCUUGUACCCUGUUGCUUGCCGAAUGCCAACAUGAAUGCCUCUCUCUUUUAAUGUAACUGUGUGCCUUAAGUGAUAUACCCAUACAAUUUGCUCAGGGCCAAGAUGAAGCACAUGCUUUUUGUACAUGUGACCCUGGAGGUUUUAAACAUUCCCUUUUCCUAAAAAAAAAAUCACCUGUUUGUGCACAAUGAUAAUUUUAACAGUUUACUUUUUUGGAGUGUUUUUGGUCAAGCACUAGCUGUAAAUCUGUCUGUUGUGAAAUUUAGCAAUGCAGCCCAGAAUGCACGUGUAGGCUGAUGGUACAAUUCCUAACUUCAUUUCUUUCUGUGGAUGUGUUCUAGACGAAUGACAAAAAAGUGUUGUAAUUCUAAGUCUUAGACCCCUUCCCUCUGUUAGAGCAUAGUCUUCCAGUACAGCUGAGAUGCACAAAUGCACUGAAAUGUUUACAAUUCCUUUUUCGGUGCCUUUGAAGUCAGUAGCUGAUAACACAUGACCUGCAUCUAAGCCAAGGCUAUGGGUCAGUCUUUAGACAGAACUCCAGUGUUAGCCAAACAAAAUGAUGAACCUGCAUGUCGAAACAGUCUGAAAUCUCAGCCAUGCUCAACUGGCCAAAAAUAUUUUCCAAGGACCCGAGGCAGACCCACAGGUAGUCCCCAUACCUGAAGAAGAGGAUUACGAUGUUUCACAAAACGAGCGUCGAAAGAGGUCUCUAUCAAGUAAGGGAUCAAAGACGAUAGCACCAUGAGAAGCAGAUGAUG